AUGACCAGCCAGCCCAUGGAGACCCUGGGCCAAUUCAAGAUCACCGUCUGGGAGGAAGAAAACUUCCAGGGGAAGCGCUGCGAAUUCCUGAUGGAGUGCCCCAGCAUCAUGGAACGAGGCUUCCGGAAGAUUCGCUCCAUCAAAGUGGAAAGUGGCCCCUGGGUGGGCUUUGAGUACCCUGAAUACCAAGGACAACAAUUCAUCUUGGAGAAAGGGGACUACCCUCGAUGGGAAGCCUGGAGUGGGAACAGCGGCUACAGGACUGAGCACCUGCUCUCCUUCCGGACUAUCAAGUGCGCUAACCACAGUGACAGCAAAGUGACCCUCUAUGAGGCAGAGAACUUCCAAGGACGCAAGUUUGAGCUCAGCGAUGACUACCCAUCCCUGCAGGCCAUGGGCUGGGGUAACAAAGAGGUGGCCUCCAUCAAGGUCAACUCUGGAGCGUGGGUGGCAUAUCAGUACCCAGGCUAUCGAGGCUACCAAUAUGUCCUGGAGCGGGACAAGCAGAACGGUGAAUACAAGAAGUACAGCGAAUACAGCACCCAGGCCCAUACCAACCAGAUCCAGUCCAUCCGCCGUGUCCAGCACUGA